AUGUAUGUUGAUGGCCUAACCAGUGUUUCAACAGUCAGUGAAGCUACAAAUCUAAUCCUCGAAGCACAAGAACUAUGCAAGAAUACCGGCUUACGUCUUCAUAAGUUCAACUCUAACAGAAAAGACAUCCUGUCUUGUGUAGCUCCAUCAGAAAGAGCAACAACUUGUGAAGCUCUCAAACUUAACCCAGACUCAACACCAGAAGGACAAGUACUUGGCAUUCAGUGGUCAAUUGAAAAUGAUACUUUCAGCUUCAGCAUUGACAUAAAGGAUCAACCCUCAACUCGUCGUGGUAUCCUGUCAGUUGUAACCUCUCUUUAUGAACCUCUAGGUUUCAUAGCUCUCUUCAUACUGAGUGGCAAGUGCAUUCUCCGAGAGCUUUGCUGCAGGGGCAUCAGUUGGGAUGAGGUACUUCCUGAGAGCUUAAGCCCAUGGUGGGAGGCCUGGAAGAGGAGCUGGUGGAAAAAGGAAUACCUCAUGAGUGUUUCCACAAGACAGAAAUGGCACACACCUCGACAUAACCUGAAAGUAAAUGACAUAGUUGUAAUAAAAGAAGAUAUGUCUCCAAGAUGCCAGUGGCAGCUAGGACAUAUGAUUAAAACUACAAUAGAAAAGGAUGGUAUAGUUUGUCGAAUCAAGGUGUUAGUAGAUGACAGAAGAUUGCAAGAUAAGAAGGACCAUCUAUUAAAACCUCCAAUUAUUGAACAUCCUAUUCAAAAGCUAGUAGUUCUCAUAGAAAGUAAAUAA